AUGUCUUUCUACCCAAACUCGAUACCCCAGCAAUUUCCCCAGUCUAAGGCCCCGUCACAGCCUGGGCAGCAGCAGCAUUCCUUUGGUGCCAUGCCCAUGCAGCCAGGUGUCCCUGGUGGAGCUAUGAUGCCCUCGGGUUUUCCCCAACAAUCUGCUGCACCCAUGGAGAAUUUUUCGGCACCCUUCAAUCAAAAUCCCGUCCCCGCAAACAUGGGCCAAUUUUCUCAGCCAAAUCCACAAACGAACACACCGUCUACCGUUGCGCAAACAUUUUCUCAGAACAUGGCGUCCAUUUCUGCAAACAACUUGCUCGUCAAUCAGUCACGUCAUAUGAAUUCCCCUCAAUCAGCGCAGCCAGGAACCCCUCAAAGUCAGGGGCCAGGUCAAACACUCUCCCAAAACCAAAUGCAAAGCCCCUCUCCGGCCCAACUCCAAGCGCAGGCGCAGGCAGUGGCUCGAGAAAGGGUUCGCAUUACAACACUUCUAGAUAUCAACUCCACUUUGCUGGAGGAGGUUAUGAAUCUCCAGAAAGCUGGCAAGGCAACUUUGGUUCAAAAUACGGAUGGAAUCCCUAUUCCACAAAAGCCAAGCCAAGAAUACAUUGAUUGUAUGCGACGGAUGCAAGCCAAUCUUGUGUACCUCGCAAAUACCGGGGAUAAGCAAAAACGGACGCCUAUACCGGCUAUCAUGUCCCCUCCUCCGAAUGUUCCCGCCUUAAAUGAAUCAUAUCAGAAGCUAAAUGAGCUCUUCCCACGAUCUGGCCAGGUUCCUGCUCAGCGGUUUAGUCCUGCUAUGAUGCAGGGAAAUGGUGGACCUAGUCCCUCUCCUAUGCCAGAGUCAGUGGUCUAA